UAUCAACUAGUUUUCAAAAUGGCUGCUACUAAUUGGUUUCUUGGACUUAUAAUCGUUGUUGGUUUAAUCAAGCUUGGAACCUGUAAGAAAAUAAAGAUUCUUUCCGACUUCACAACCUUCGAAGACAAAGAAUUCUUUAAAACGACUUACCCUUGGAUAGUAAAGCAUUUACCCGAACUUCGAGUUAAUUAUUAUUUCAUAGAUCAAGAUGGAGGGAAACGCAUGUGCGUAUUGGAGAAUUUAAAACACAGUAUAAAUCUUCAAGCCCAUUACUUGAGCUGUGAGGCUAGCAGUGGUGAGAACUGCUUGAAAGAUCUGCCAUCGGAUCAACGCAGACUUGAAAAAUGUUACUCGAAGAGCGACAAGAAAAUAAAAGCUGCCGGCAUAGAAUUUAGAAAACACGGGCCAAAUGAAACACCAUUGAUAGUUCGAGGAAGGGUUCGGCAAACAGUGCAUGAUCCGACUACUGUGCUGUUACGCCUUUGUGAUAUUUUUGGAAGAAAACAACCGCAAGGUUGUAAACAGCCUUCAAAAGCCCCAGUGCCGGCUAAACGACCUACUACGCCCUGCACACAGCCAGCUACAGAACCUACGCGGCCUGAGAGCCAGUCUACUUCACAGAUCUUCAGCAAGUCUGAAUCAGAGAUAUCUACGCAAGUUCUGCCAUUAGCUUCAGCAAAAGCAGAAACUCACUACAGUCAAUUGACAAAUAGUGAAACACAAACUUCUACUCAAGCUUUUAAACUUGUUCCUAAUGAACAGUCUGAAACACUGUCAGAUUAUGACUAUGUCGAAUACGAUGACAUUGAUUACGACGAUUAAAUUAUUCUGUCUGUUAAA